UCCUGACCGGACGCCCUAUCGUGUUGCUUUCCAUCGGGAUCUUUUCCAGAGUUUUUUCUAUCGCGCGCCAAGGAGAGAUUUUUGGCGAAUAGAAAAAAGACGCUUCGCUAUGUAGCUGAUUGUUUGACUGUUGGUGUGUUUUUUUCUGUUUUAAGUUGAAGAAGGAAGGGAUUUUGUAAAAGAGUUCGCGAGUUCUCGAUGAAUCAUUCCGUACCGUCUCCGCGGCACCCGCGUCUUUGUCUACAUCCUUGCGAUUUGAGGGCACUGCUCAACUAUACUUAAGACGUUUAACAGUGGAAUAUGGGAAUCUGCUUAGAUACAGAGCAAAGUGAUGGAUCUCGAGCAUUUGAAGAAGGAACGGAAACUUGGGUUCAGAAUUCUCCCAGACAACAAAAUAGAAACGCCAUUACGCCGUCGGCGGGCAAAUUCCCGAUGCACAACGACGCACCUAUACAGUUCGAGUCACCGAAAGUGCCUGUUAUAUUUGUCCUCGGUGGUCCAGGAAGUGGUAAGGUAACCCACUGUGACAACCUUAUGCAGGAGAAGAAAGAAAUUGUCCAUAUCAAUAUGUCAGAUCUGUUGCAACAAUACGCAAUAGGAAAUGAUAUACCUGAUUAUGGUCAACUAUCUAGUAAAACAGUGACAGAAGUACUUAUGUUAGAAAUGAAGAUGGCGCCUCAUGCCAAAACUUAUUUAGUAUCCGGAUAUCCUAGAAAUAUGAGAGACGUUGUAGAAUAUUCGGAAAAAAUCGAGGUUGUUAAUGGUGUAAUAUUGAUAGCCUGGCGACAGAAGAUAUUAGAACGACAGAUUGAUUAUGGUGCCAAAUUGGGACAAGUAGUCUUAUCCCUCGCUAAGAUGGAAUUGAAUAAUUUUUAUAAAAAUGUUGUUCCUGUCGCGGAAUACUUCGAUCAAAGUCACAUGUUAAUAUCGAUUCACGGAGAAAGACCACCUGGUGAUGUGUACAAAGACUUCAGGUCGGCUGUGUUUCAUAUAUUGGGUGGGCAAGAAAACCCACCAGAAUUUACCAACGGAAACGCUGUAACGCUGCCAACAACAACCACUUCAGAACUGCCAACAAUACCCACUAAGCCUAUGCCACAUGCCGUUAAUCUACCCAGCGAUCCAGCGAAAUCAACAUCGCCUUCUCGGCCAAAAACUCAAGUAAUUUCUGUGGGCGGUACGAACCCUCCCAAUUUCAAUUCUCCCAUAAAACCUUUGACGUAUCCACCAGUUUUGUGGGUGAUUGGCGGCCCUGGAAGCAACAAGGCUGCUCUGUGUACGGCCGCGGCAAAAGAUACUGGUUGGACGCAUAUAAGUUUAGGAAAAUUAAUGAGGGCCGCAACUGAAACGUCCGCGUCACAUCAUAGCACCGACAUCAACAAAUUAAAAGAAAGCAUCGGGAGUGGAGAGCUAGUUCCUUCAGACAUUGUCAUGAAAUAUGUCGAAAACCAGAUGGCGCAUAACGUUGAAGCUAAAGGUAUCAUUUUGGAUGGUUUUCCUAGAGACAUGGAACAAGUCCAAGAGUUUGAAGCCAAGUUUCGACAAAAGCCAACCAUCAUUCUUUUGGAUUGCUCCAAGCUACAGCUAGGAAAAGGUCGUUUGGACGAUAGCGUGACGGCGUUCAGAAGGCGAUUAGAAAUAUUUAGGCAGUCUUCGCUACCUAUGCUUAAAGCAAUGGAUAACAUCGGCAGACUAACUAUUGUUGACGGAGAUACUGACACUGCUCCAGUUCAAGAAGAUUUCAAACACGUCGUGAAAGAACAUAUCAAUUACAUGCUUUCCCAUAUAGGAGAAUCUCAGCAAAUUUCAUCAGCUGGUGGCAAUAAUCAUAUAGCUAAUGGUCAUAUUCCUGUUGCCAACGGACAUGUACCAAAUGGAAACGUUGUACAAAACGGCCAUAUACCCAACGGUGAUGCCACUCUUCACGAUUUAGAAGAUGCGGCGAAUCAAGACAUCGAAACCAUCAGUAAAAAGGUUAGCAACAACGUAACCAACGGAUACGCCAACGGCAAAGCUCAUCUAGUGAAUGGCGUGGCGAAAUUAGCCAAUGGCGUGACGGGGGUGGCUAACGGCAACGUUGCCAACCACAAAGUGCCCAUCUUUACCGGCGCUGAUAACGGACAAAGAAAUGGUGAAGUGAAUUACAUGGACGGUCACAUUUAGGUGAGAAACGAAUACGGAAAGUGAGAUGGAUACAGGCUGUG